UAUCAUCUGAAACAAUUGUUAACUGUUGGAAAAAAACUGGCAUUUUCAUACCACAAGAAGAAGAAAUACAAAAAAUUGAGUAUGAAUAUAAUUACAAUAAUAGUGAAGAUAUUAUAAGUAAAGAGAAAAAAGAUCUUGAUGUUUUACUUGCCCAGUUACUAGAAAAUAAUUAUCUGAAUGCCUAUGAAUAUAUUAAUAUUGAGGAUGCAGAAUUUACUAGUGAGCUUAUAGAUAAAGAUAUAUUAAAAGCAAUAAAUGAUACAAAUAAGAAAGAAACUGAACCAGCUAAUAGUGAAACAAAGAAAAAGAUAAGUUAUACUGAAGCUGAAAAAGCAAUUAAUACAACUCUAAGAUUUUUAUAUGAGCAAGAUAUAGACUUCCAUGAUGUUGAAAAGGAUAUAAAAACUUUAAGAAAAUUGCAUCAGAAA